AUUACAAAAUGAGGGACCCCGAUUUGGAUGUGAUUCCUGAAAGUGAACUGGAAUUGGUGGAAUCCUUCUGUUUUGAAACAGAGGCUAACGAUCCUUUAGACAUCAAUGAAAUCACAGUGCAAUUCGUUGCGUGCCCUUCAUUACUGGAUAACGACGACCUCGAGGGUGUUUAUUUUUCGCUUCAAUUUUAUCGAUUCCCCGAGGUAAUUACCAGUCACAUGAAAUUUGGAGGAAACUUUGAUACCUGUACAGAUCAGCCCGGAUCGCGUUGUCGGGUCUUAGAGCCAUCGAUGCCGGAGCUGGGAAACAGGAACGUCCCGAAAGGUGUAAAAAUCACCGGUUGUCAGGUCACUUUCACCAUGAAUCCCAACUGGAUGAAUUCGGGGGAGUAUGAGGAGGUUUUCGAGUACCUUCUCCAUAAGACGCUUCAGGUGGAUGUAUGGAAUGCCAAGUCCCACAUGUUGAUCGGUUCCACCGCGUCAGAAAUGAGGCAAUUAUGUCGACAACAAAAACCAGCGGUCCAAGUAUCAAUCAAGUCGGUGGUAAUCCGCACCGGAGAGUCGAGUACGUCGUAUAGAGAAAGCUUGGCAGUCGAUGCUAUGCGUGGCCAUCUACACCUUCGAUUGUCUAACUUGGGUAGGAAUUCCGGAACUCCGCGGUGUCAGGUGGCAGCAUUUAAGAGAAGGACUAAUUCUCAUUUGGUCGACAGCCAAAUGGAUAGCACAUUACUGAGGUUUAAGGGUGGAGCUCUCUCGGAUGCAUGUGAAUUCCAACUUUUGCAGUCUUUGCCUCAAUCGAAAACGGAAAGUUUCGGCACUGUGAUUCGAGCACGUGCUCUCAAGGAGAUCAGCGCAGAAUUACGUGCGUUGCUGAAUGAAGUUCAAUGUGGCUAUCAUAAACCGGAUACUAGUAAAGAUCUUUCCUCAGCAUAUCAAGGAGGCGAAGUGGAACUGACACGAUUCUAUGCAGCCGUUCUGGGAACAGAAUAUGGAGCUCUCUCUGACAGCUAUGUCCGAUUACUUCGUAGCGGCGUAGGUGAGACGGGCAAGUUCGAAGAACUGAACAUCACUGAGCGGUACAGAAAUCAGAAGAGACAGGAACAAAUCGAACGAAUGCUAAGCAUCCCUACCACUGUCGAGCACUGUCUGUAUACCAGCUUUGGUUGUACAGAAUUUUUCGAGUUUCAACUGUGUAACCCUUCAGAGCAAGAGGACGUAAUUGAAAUUUCGAUUGAAGGAGACAGUAAAACCAUGGAAAUCAUCGUGGACCCAAAUGAAGUGAAGGCUCUGAAAAGUGCCCUCGCAGCUUGCACGCCCACUGGGAGUGACUUGGUCAUAGCGAGAGACCCCUGGAAUAACGGAAAACCAUCACUAUUCAUUCAUCCUGGUGAAUCUGUACGGAUACUUUUUAAAUACAGAACAAGCUCCUUGAUCGAAAGAACUGAUCGAUACAAAGUUGAUUUCAGGUCGAAAGAAUCCAAAAAAUGCAUUAGUGAGCUACUGCUUGAGGUGAAUGUUGCUCGCCCUGUGCUCGACCGAACUAUCCGCAUUUUCGCCCCAGAAAUGACCUGUCAUAAAGAAGUCCUUCGUCUUCCUCCAAUGCAGCGAUUUCCGGUGGCCAUGACUAACUCCUUUGGCGGAGAUAAGCCCAUAAACCAGCACAGCAUGGACGUCCGACUGUGGGCCUUUGCAUCCGAUCCAACCGUAUCAGCGGAGUGCAGAACUGCAGAAGGAGGAAGAUGUGAAAUAGUUGUCGAAAUUUAUACCGGAAAAAGUCCUGAGACGCGUGAAUUCCUACUGGCAAUAUACAUCGAGCCAAGUCAGCUUCGUCCGGCGUAUCUAUGGCGUUGUGUAGUUCAUGCGCUGCAGAGUAUAAAGUUGGUGACCACCCUUGGCUGCCCCUCACCUCAAAUCGAUCUAUCAUUUCAGUCAGAUCGCUUACUCUUGACCAACUGGCCUCGUCGAAUGACGGUUCAAGUAAGUCACAAAGAAAUAAGAUUGGGAACAGCAGCAUCCAAGGGGCUCUCAGAAAGCAUGCUGAGCGUGAUGGUUCCCAUCGGUGUCUACGAAUUUAAGGCGAAGGUUUACCCCCAUCGAACAGGAACACACCAUUAUCUGGUUAAUUUGGUGGACGAAACAACACAGCGUGUUGCAUAUGCCUGGAUGUUGUGCUUGGAAGUCAAACCCCCAGAAGUAACAAAGUCUUUCGAACUUGAGUUUCCCGUCGUAAACGAAAUGCACAGAACCGACUCACACAGAAAACUGGUGUCAUACACAAAUCCAUCUGCGAAUCCGAAAAGACUAUUCCUCUCUACUGAUCGACCAGAUAUCCUCCAGUUUAAGGAGUGCCAAGUGGAAGUGCCCGCGAAAGAAACAGUUCAGUUUGGCUUGCGUUUCACGCCUCAACUACGACCCCAUACCCAGCGGUUAUUCGUGUUUAUGAACGAUCCGGAUCUGAAUGACAAACUGGAAGAAACCUUACUCAUAAGUGCUCAUUACAAAU